GGGGCCGGGGGGUGCCGGUACUGUCGGGAUGGAGCUGAGCGCCGCACGCCGAGGGAUGCGGUGCGGGGUUAUCGCCGCGCCCCACGCGCGGCCGAGUCUGUGGGGCCGUGUCCGGGGUCAGCAGCCCCCGCUGGGGGUCCCGGUGGGGGGCUGCGCUGUGUUCCGUCCCCGCGUCCGCCACCCCGAGCCCCGGCGGGACAGCGGUUAACGGUGACAGCGGCGGGGACCGUGAGAAGAGCGCCGGGCUGGGGGAUGGCUGCUGGGGGACUCGGGGUUCGCCCGUCCCCUCCUCUCUGCCCACCCAGGGGGUGUUCAGCUCUGCCCGGUGCCGUGGGUUCGGUCGGUGGCAGCGGGACGCGCGUCCCCUCGCCGCGAGCCUUCCCCAGCCUGGCACAGGGCGCAGCGCGGCUCUUAUCUCACUGGGGCGGCACGGAGCGUCCUGCCCGAGAGAGCCGGGGGCUGAAGGGAGGGGGGGGGCGGGCGAGCAUGGCGCCCUCCCGGGGGGGUCACCGAGCUCCCCGAUUCCAUCCCUCACAGCCCGAAUUGGCCCCUGCCUGCCCGCAAACCCAGGCACCCUCAGGGGGCUCUCCUGCCCCACGCGCUCCCCACUCUGUGUGUCUCCCCCGCCCCCCUUUCCCCCCCCCCCGCGCCCUGCGGCCGCUUUUCAUCUGGGCCAUUAAGAUUUUUAUUUAUUAUUUAUUUUUUUUUUCUUUCCGUGAUCCAAUUCAUUUAUUUAUUUAUUUCGUUCCACGGCCCAGAGCUGGAAACAAUGGGCUGCGCUGAUGCUGGCGCCGGGGUUGCGGGGGUUGGGGGGCUGCUCCCAGGUCCCUCGUCCGCUGCCCCCAUCCCUAUUGCUUGCUGGGACGCACCCGAGGUCCGCAUCGCCCCGGGGUCAAUGGAGGUGGCUUUAGGCGGCGCGCAGUGGGUGAUUCCCAGCUGCCGGCGGCUCCUCCAAGUUUGGGAAGGAGGAAUCACCGCCUUGCACACCCUGGUGAGCGCGGAGCAGGUGUGACGCUGUGUGCCGGGGAUUUGUUCUUUGUUCCACGGGGACCCCCGCGUCCCCAAGACCCACCCCUGCAGCGCUGCACCCAACGCACGGGGCUGGGGGGGGGGGGGGGGUGUCUCCAUGCGUUCCCCCCCAACCCGCACCGCCACCGCAUGGAGCUGAUGGCAAACAUCAAAGCUUUGUUUUCGAGCGAACUCGCAUCAGCCACAGCUCUGUGCUCCGGGGGGGCUGCGGUGCCGCGGUGGCCAUGGGGACAGAGCCUCGGGUGCUUCCCGUCCCCAGCAUCGCCUCCGCCCGGCCUUGAGCGAGCCCCGGAGCGGGGACAGAUGGCAGCACGGAGAGCUGCGAUCGGCAGCGCUGUGCUCUGCAGCCCCGCGCGCCCGCCCUGCAGGUGCCACCUGUCCCCAUCGCCGUCCCAUCGCACGGCACAGCCUGGGUGGCUCCCAGCAGGACGGCGCAUCCGGCACUGUGUUUAAUGAGCAACGCGGCCAACGGGACCGGCUGCCCCAAUCGCCGGGGUCUCUGCUGGUUUGCCUGGAGCACCUCAACGGCACUCUGUCCCUGCGGUGCCCACAGAAGGGGUGCGCUGUCUGCUGGGGUUGUGCCUGUGCCCUCAUAGCUCACCAUGGGUUUUAGCACCCUGUAGGGUAGAUACCAGGAUGGGGGGGUGCCACCCUCCCUACCCGGCCCCCAUCAGCCUCGUCCCUAAGUGUGUUCCACUGCACGCUCGGUGCCGUGGCCAAAAGAACCCCCGUAUCUCCACAGUGGCAACUGAGCUCCCUGGGGGUCCCGGCCCCGUGGGGUCUCAGCCCUCCACGCGUUCUCUCUUGCAGUCUGAGUACCACUACGAAUACACAGCGUGCGACAGCGCGGGCGCGCGGUGGAGGGUGGCGGUGCCCCACACACCGGGACUCUGCACCGGGCUGCCGGACCCCGUCAAGGGCACCGAGUGCUCUUUCUCCUGCAAGGCGGGCGAGUUCCUCGACAUGAAGGCGCAGGCGUGCAAGCCCUGUGCCGAGGGCACCUACUCCCUGGGCACCGGAGUGCGAUUCGACGAGUGGGACGAGCUGCCCCACGGCUUCGCCAACGUCGCCGCCAACCUGGAGCUGGACGACGGCUUCAGCGAUGUGGUGGAGAACUGCACCACGUCCACGUGGGUGCCGCUGGGGGACUACAUCGCCUCCAACACGGACGAGUGCACGGCCACGCUGAUGUACGCCGUCAGCCUGAAGCAGUCGGGCACCGUGUCCUUUGAGUACAUCUACCCCGACAGCAGCAUCGUCUUUGAGUUCUUUGUGCAGAACGACCAGUGCCAGCCCACGGUGGAGGAGUCGCGUUGGAUGCGCACCACGGAGAAGGGCUGGGAGUUCCACAGCGUGGAGCUGAGCCGUGGUAACAACGUGCUCUACUGGAGGACCACGGCGUUCUCCGUCUGGUCCAAGGUCCCCAAGCCCGUGCUGGUGCGGAACAUCGGGAUCACAGGGGUCGCCUACACCUCCGAGUGCUUCCCCUGCAAACCCGGCACCUUCGCCGCCGCCGCCGGCUCCUCCUCCUGCCAGCUGUGCCCCGCCAACAGCUUCUCCAGCAAAGGGGCCACCGCCUGCCAGCCCUGCGAGCCCACCGCCUAUGCAGAGCCCGGCUCAGCAUCCUGCAAGGUGCGCCCGCCCUGCACUGACAAGGAUUAUUUCUACACGCACACGGCGUGCGAUGCCAACGGGGAGACGCAGCUGAUGUUCAAGUGGGCAGAGCCGAAGAUCUGCAGCGAAGUGCUGCCCCGCGCUGCCCAGCUGCCCCCCUCGGGGCUGAAGACCCGCUGCCCCCCCUGCAACCCCGGCUUCUACAAAAGCAACAGCAGCUCCUGUGAGCCCUGUCCUUACGGCUCCUACUCCAACGGCUCUGGCUGCGUUCGCUGCCCGGCCGGCACCGAGCCGGUGCUGGGGCUGGAGUACAAGUGGUGGAACGUGCUGCCCCCGAACAUGGAGACCACCGUGCUCAGCGGCGUCAACUUCGAGUACAAGGGGAUGGCAGGCUGGGAGGUGGCCGGGGAUUACAUCUACACAGCAGCAGGAGCCUCCGACAACGACUUCAUGAUCCUGACACUGCUGGUGCCCGGCUUCAGCCCCCCGCAGCCGGCGCUGGAGGAUGGGGACGGCAAGGAGGUGGCGCGGAUCACCUUCGUCUUCGAGACGGUCUGCAGCGUCAGCUGUGAGCUGUACUUCAUGGUGGGCAUCAACUCACGCACCAACACGCCGGUGGAGACGUGGACGGGGCCCCGGGGGAAGCAGUCCUACACUUACGUGGUGGAGAAAAACGCCACCACCAGCUUCACGUGGGCCUUCCAGCGCACGCGGUACCGCGAGGCGGGCCGGCGUUACACCAGUGAUGUGGCCAAGCUCUACUCCAUCAACGUCACCAACGUGCUGGGGGGGGUGGCUUCCUUCUGCCGCCGCUGUGCCAGCACUGGGGGGCCCUGUGCCCCCUGCCCCCCCGGGCACACCCUGGAUCACAGCACCGGCUCCUGCCAGCCCUGUCCCCCCGGCACCUUCCUGCGGGGACGCCCACCUGACGGCCCCCCCGCCUGCCAGCCCUGCGGCCCCGGCACCCGCAGCAACCAGAUCCGCUCCCUCUGCUACAGCGACUGCACCUUCUCCCUGGCGCUGCCCGGCCGCACGCUGCACUACGACUUCUCAGCUCUGUCUGCCAGCACCGCCUUCACCAGCGGCCCCAGCUUCACCUCCAAAGGCCUCAAAUACUUCCAUCACUUCAACAUCAGCCUCUGCGGCAACCAUGGCAGGAAGGCCGCCUCGUGCUCGGACAACGUGACGGACGCGCGGCUCCCCGACGAGGGCGGCUCCGGCCGGGUGGUGACGUCCCACGUGUGCCAGGCCAUCGUGGUGCCGUCCGAUGUCGUCGGCCACCGCGCCGCCGUGUCCUCGCAGCCCGUCAGCCUGGCGGACCGCCUGCUGGGCGUCACCGUGAGCUCCGCGCUGGACGGCGUCGCCGCGCCCCCCGAGCUGUUCCCCCCCGCCGGCCCCGAGCUGCCCGACAUCGUUUUCUUCUUCAGGUCCAGCGAGGUGACGCAGUCCUGCGCCGGGGGCCGGGCCACCACCAUCCGCCUGCGCUGCGACCCGCUGCGGCCGGGCACCGGCGGCCUGGCUGUGCCCAGCAAAUGCCCCGAAGGCACCUGCGAUGGCUGCGCUUUCCACCUCCUAUGGGCGACGGCCGAGGGCUGCCCGCGCUGCUCCGCCAACCAUUUCCGUGCCAUCGUGGGCGCGUGCCAGGGCGGCGUGCAGAGGACCACGUACGUGUGGCGGGAGCCGCGGCUGUGCCACGGAGGGCAGCGCCUGCCCCCCCCCCGGGUCCGCCCGUGCCGCAGCGCUGAGUUCUGGCUGAAGGUGGGCGUCUCGGUGGGGACGUGCGUGGCCGUGCUGCUGGCUGCUCUAGCCGCCUACUUCUGGAAGAAGAACCGAAAGUUGGAGUACAAGUACUCACGGCUGGUGCUGAACGCGGCGGCCAAGGAGAGCGAGCUGCCGGCACCAGAUAGCUGUGCCAUCAUGGAGGGAGAGGACGGUGAGGACGAGCUCAUCUUCACCAGCAAGAAGUCCCUGCUGGGCAAGAUCCGCUGCCUGGCCACCAAGCGCACCCCAGACGGCUUUGACUCCGUCCCCCUGAAGCCAUCGUCUGGUGGCACCGACCUGGAGCUGUGAGGGGGCCGUCCCACCCCCCACCCCGUGGCCUUAAGGACCCACAGAGCCCCGGGGCACUUUUGUCUCCCCCACCCUUGGGAAAAGCCAAAAAUGCCAAAUACAGACGUGGGGGUCAGGAGCACCCCCAGCCCGGCACAGGGACGGGGGGGGGGGGCAGCCCUAUGUGUCGUGUUGGGGGCACACAUGUGGGGCAGAAGUGUGCAUGGGGGGGUUGCACGAGUGUGCACACAUGUGCAAGCUGCUGGCCCCUCGUGCUCCGCUUGGGGCACGGCAGGGAACGCCUGGUGGCCAUGUCACACCGUGUCACUGUCCCCCCACGCCGCGUCACCCCAUGCCAUCCCAGCUGUGCCACAGCCCCAUGCCAGCCCCACUCCCCCCCCGGCUGCCUUUCCCCCUGCCAGGAUGCACCCAUUGAGGUGAUGCUGCCCCACAGUGGGUCCCCCUGCGGCUGUCCCCACAGCAGUGCCCCGUGUCCCCCACCCCAUGGCUCCAUCCCCCCCUUUUUACAGCGAUCUCAGCGUUUUCUAGGCAGCACCAGGCGGCCCCCCAUGCCCUGGCUGUGCAAUAAAGGUGAUGUUUCUGA